CCCUUUGGUUGGGAUGAGGCUGUUGAGUUGGAACGUGAACGGGCUCCGGGCUGGGGCGGGAUCUGCAGGGCUGAGGCUGCUGCUGGAUUCGUUGGGAGCGGAUGUCAUCUGUCUGCAGGAGACCAAGAUUACUCGGGACCUGCUGGAGGAGCCGUUGGCUAUAGUAGAGGGCUAUAGCUCUUACUUCAGCUUCAGUCACACUCGCAGUGGCUACUCAGGAGUUGCAACCUUCUGUAAGAACAGUGCCACCCCAGAGGCAGCUGAGGAAGGCCUCUCAGGGCUGCUCACCAAGCAUGAUGGCGCGGUCGGUUGCUAUGGAAACACAUGCGACUUCACACCUGAGGAGCUACAGGCACUGGACAGUGAGGGCCGGGCUGUGAUCACUCGCCAUCGUAUUUCCACUUCGGAACAGCAGGAGACCACCCUGACAGUCAUCAAUGUGUACUGCCCUCGUGCUGACCCUGAAAAGCCAGAACGUGGGGUCUUCAAGCUGCGAUUCUGCCAUCUCCUUCAAGCGCGGGCUGAGGCUCUCCUUAGAGCUGGCGGCCACGUGGUUAUCCUGGGAGACAUCAACACUGCACACAAGCCCAUCGAUCACUGUGACCCAGGAGAACUGAAAUCCUUUCAGGAGCAUCCCGGGCGCCGCUGGCUGGACAGUUUCCUCUGGGAGCCGGGCAAGGAUUUCCAGAACAGCAAGCUCUUUGUCGACACGUUCCGCUUUCUGCACCCUGAUCGGGAAGACGCCUACACCUGCUGGUGCAACGUCACGGGGUCCCGACAGCUCAACUACGGCACCCGCAUCGACUACAUCCUGGCUGAUGGCGCUCUGGCAUCAUCGGAGCUGAAGGACGCCCAGCUCCUGCCGGAAGUGUGGGGCUCUGACCACUGCCCUGUACAGGCGGUGCUGAAAAGCGUCUGCCUGGCUGCUCCCCGCUGCCCACCCCUCUGCACCCGCUUCCUGCCCGAGUUUGCUGGCACCCAGCAGAAACUCAGCCGCUUCCUGGUGAAAGUGGAGCGGACUGGCCUGCUGGAGAAGAGCCAGAAGCGAAGCGAGGCUGAGCACCGUGCUGAGUGGGGCUCCAAGAAGAGACGGACUGGCCCGCUGCAGAAGGGGCAAGGGGAUUUGCGCAGCUUCUUCAAAACGGGAAACCUCAGGGCUGGAGACAGUGAUGGUGCCAAGUGCCGAGCGGACAUGAGUGUGGUAGAGAGGACAGUAGAGGAUUCUGGGAAAGAAACUGACACUGCGGAAAGGCCAGCUAACUCAAGCGGGGUGAAGGAAGUUGCUGGCGUGAGCUGGGCGCACGUGAGGAGUUUGAGAAAGGAGCCUGUGGUAGGUCUGACUGGUGGGAAAGCUAUGAAUGGUGGGGAGGAUGCAGUUCUCUCCAGGCCAAAUCAGUCUGCUGCCUUAUGGAAGUCCCUGCUGUCGGGCCCUGCUCAGCCACCUCCUUGCAAGGCCCAUGGGGAGCCCUGUGUCGUUCGGACAGUGAAGAAACCAGGCCCAAAUUGUGGGCGGCGGUUUUACGUCUGUGCCCGGCCUCUGGGGAAGGCCUCCGAUCCAAGAUCCCGCUGCGACUUUUUCCUGUGGGCCAGUCGGGGGAAUCCGUGAAUUAGGAGGUGAACUAAAAUGAGGGGAAGUCAAGUCUUCCAUGACUCCCAAACUAGAAAGACAUGCUCGACUUUGGUUGGUUUGGAUCACUGUUGGCCCACCUCCUGAGAAAGAAGGGGCCAUCCUCUGUGGCCGGUCGAGGCUCAGGCUCAAUGCCGGGUUCUCGGAGCGCUUUGGCCAGGAAUUUCUGUGGGCUUCCCCCUUGUUGGAGUGGUCCUCUGGAAACUUUUUCACACUAGAACAGUGUGCGGCUCACCUUGGACCACUCGCAAGUUCUGCAGGCCCUGAUGCCAGAGGAAAGCAGUGCUAAUUAAGCGGCAAGAAUUUCAACGAUGAAUCUGAUAGAUGCAGAGGCUCUCCAGCAGUUGCUCUUGCUGCAAGUUGACGUUCUCUUCUUUUCCCUACAUGCUCUGGCAUUUUUUAUAUAUAAGAAAAAUGAAAUGCCAUUGCUAGCAAAUGACUUCUCCCUCUUUUGGGGUGGGGGUGGGAGAAGAGAGAAGGAUCUUUUCUACUUUGUUAAA